CUUUUGCCGGAAGUUGCUCUCAGAACUAGCGUGCGGUCUUUGUCAGCUUCCACCAUGGCGUACCGCGGCCAGGGCCAAAAAGUGCAGAAGGUGAUGGUGCAGCCCAUCAACCUCAUCUUCAGAUACUUGCAGAAUAGAUCUCGGAUUCAGGUGUGGCUUUAUGAGCAAGUGAACAUGCGGAUAGAGGGCUGUAUCAUUGGUUUUGAUGAGUACAUGAACCUCGUAUUAGAUGAUGCAGAAGAGAUUCAUUCUAAAACAAAGUCAAGAAAACAACUGGGUCGGAUCAUGCUAAAAGGAGAUAAUAUUACCCUGCUCCAAAGUGUCUCCAACUAGAAAUGAUCAAUGAAGUGAGAAAUGCUUGAGAAGGCCAUGUAGUUUGUUUUUUUAGAGGUCCUUUGUUGGGAGUCUAGUUCUAAAACAUUUGUUCCUAUUGUUCUGAUUACCUUUGUGUUAUUACCAGAUGACAAUAAAUGCUGUGGGAUUGUUUUUAUUUAAACAUU